GAUUUUCAUUGAUAUGAAAUCGGUUUUCCGCAAGACAUUCAGUCAUGUGAGCGGCAGCACGGAGGCCAUCAUCAACACUGCCCUCAUGCAAGUCGCCAUAUGUCAGACCCGGUUUCAAGUAAUCUGGACCUACACUGCUGCCUGUAUCCGUGCAGCAUAUGCGAUGGCAAAUCUCACAGAUUUUGAGACGACCGCUUACAUCGAGUGUCAUGGAAUGGACACAGCGGCUGGUGAAUUAAAGGGGAUCUCCGCGGUAUUCGGCCAAACACGGAGCAUGGACAACCCGCUCAUCGUGGGCUCGAUAAAAAGUAGCAUUGGCGAUUCCGAAGCAACGUCUGGACUAUCGGGACUGAUCAAAAUUGUGUUAUCCAUAGAGGAGGGCUAUAUUCCGGGCACUCCAAGCUACCCCACGCUGAGUUCUAAAGCCAAUUAUCAAGAACUGAACCUGUGCUCUGUCAAGAACACAAUUUCCUGGCCGAGAGCAUCGAUCAAGCGAGCGGGCAUCAAUUCCUUUGGCUAUGGAGGAACUAACUGCCACAUAAUCAUUGAGGAUGCCCAGCAGCUGUUGGACGCACGAGGAAUUAUUCCCCAUCGACGAUCCUUUCUAUCCACCUCGAGGAUGUUAUGGAUGGAUGAAGAUGAUGGCGAGGAUCAUGCAGCGUCUCAAUCCACUUCAUGCACCUCACAUGUUCUGUUUGUCUCUGCCCAAAGCCCGUUAUCACUACGGUGCAAUAAAAGAGAGAUUCUAAGGCAUCUUGCUAGCCUAAAUGUCCGAGUUGACUUGGGGAACUUGGCUUAUACUCUCUCUGGUCGACGGAGUCAUCAUUUCCAUCGAGCGUAUGCAGUGGUAACCAGUUCCACUCUCUCCCAGGCACGGUUUGUGGACGGGAGGAUUUUAGCGUGGGAACCUAGAAUUGGCUUCAUUUUCACAGGGCAGGGAAGCCAAUGGUCCCAGAUGGGGACUGCACUCAUCAAAUCAUUCCCCGAAGCUGCGAAACGCAUCAAGCACCUGGACAAUGUGUUGCAGAGUCUACGAAACUGUCCCGCGCUGGUCCCUUCUCAGUGA